CCGGGAUGGGGGCAGAGCCACUGGUUGCCCCUCCCCUUGAAGUGACCAGGGACUGAAAUGUCCAGGUCUGGACUCCAACCAGGGGUUUGUACCCACAAGGCUCAGGGACGACCUGGGAAGGGAUCUCCCAACAGUGGAUGCUUCCCCAGCCUCACUGUAGGCCCAGAUGGAUCCAGCAGGGAGGCAGCCUGCCAUGGGCCCCUGCUCAGGGGACCCCCAACUGGGCGGGGCCUCCUGGCUCCUGGGACUCACCAGCCUCCUCCUCACCCCGGGGGCAGCGGAAUGAACACAGAAGCUUCUGGCAGAGGCCAGGCUGGGAGCCCUGACCCUGGCUGCCUGGCUGCAGGACGGAACCCCCAGCAGGGGCGUCUGCAGCACUGGCACCCAGGGUUCUGCAGCCCAUGGUUCUGGAGUUGAGGAUUCUGGAAACCCCGUUUCCCUGAAGGGGAUGCAAGGAGCUUCUGUGUUGUUUCAAGUGCUCAGAAACCCAGACUUGCCUGCAGGAGUCGAGCUGGAGAAGAUGACCUGGGGGAUCUCCUCCGGGGCAAACUACACAACCCUGCUGCAGGUCUCCCCUGGGGCACGCGAUCCAGAAUGGGUCAACUUCCAGGACAAGUUCCAGAAGAGGGUCCGUGUGCUCAACAUUACGACCCUGAGGAUGAACAACCUGACCCUGGAGGACACUGGGCUGUACCGGGCUCGGGGCUUCUACUCCAGAGGAAGACAAUACGACCAGGAUUUCCACCUGACUGUGUAUGAGCCCCUGCCCCUUCCCCAGAUCUGGGCCAAGGAUCGGUUCAUCACCCCAGGCUGGUGCAAUGUCACCGUGAAGUGUGACACCAUGGGAACCAGGGAGGACCUGACCCUGUCCUGGGAGAGGAAGAGACUCCCCAGGGAACUGGAACAACGAGUGGCCCCAGGACCAGCUCCCAACCCCUGGACCCUGGCUCUGAGCCUGCCCCUCAGCCAGCCCAGCGCCAGCCUCACCUGUGUGCUCAGCAACCAAGAGGACCAGAAAACUGUCACCUUGGACCUUGGGGACAUCUGUGGUCAUGCAGAUCCACAGGGACAGGCUGAUGCCUCCCAACUACCCAGCAUCCUGGGGACUGUUGUGGUCCUGCUGCUGAUCCUGGGAGCUGGACUGUUCCUCUGGAGGACACGAGUGAAGAAGAGCCUGGAGCCUGGGAGAGGUGCAGGGUCGCAGGAGGAGCAUAGGGAUCCCGAUAGUGGCAUCUACUAUGCAGAGCUGAGCCAGCAGGGGUCUGGAGACAGCAGGGACAAGGGUAGAGGUGCAGCACAUCUGGAAGGGAACAAGCCUCUCACUACUGUCUACAGUGAGGUCCGCAGGGCAGGCGUGGCCCUGAUGAGGAUUUAAUUGGAAGAAGCCGGAGAAUCCCGCCCUCCGGGGACAGCUGUCUUGGGAGCAUGAUGCCUGCAGCUCUGGUCUCACCUCUUCCUCCUCUGACUCCUCUGGUGAGGGACUGGCUGGUCCAAGCAUCAGUUAGUGUCUAUGCUAAGUGGUUCUGCACACGUUUGCGAUUAGACAUCUGUAGGUCUUUCAAGAGGGGAAACUGAGUAAAUAAAUUGACAGAAACAUG